AUGGGGAGGGGGGGUGUGGUGUUGGAGUCGGUGGGUGGGUGGUUUAAUGUUGGGGGGGGUUGUUUGGUGGUGUUGUGGGGUGGUGGUUGGGAGGGGGGUUGGUUGGUGUGGGGGUGGUGGGGUGGGGGUGUUGGUUUGGGGGGGGGGUGGUGGGGGGGGGGGGGUUGGAAUGUGGUGGGGGGGUGGGGGGGGGGUGGGGGGGGGUGUGGGUGGGGGGGGGGUGGGUGGGUGUGGGGGGGGGGUGGGGGGGGUUGUUGGGUGUGGGGGGGGGGUGGGUGGGGUGGGGGGGUGGGGUGGGGUGGGGGGGGUUGGGGGGGGUGUGGGGGGUGGGAAGGGGGUGGGGGUGGGGGUGGGGGGGGGUGGGGGGGGGGGGUGGGGGGUGGGUGGGGGGGUUGGAGGGGGGGGGGGGGGUGGGGGUGUGUGGUGGGUGUUUGUGUGGGUGUUUGUGUGGGUGUGGGUUGUGGUUGGUGGUGUGGUUGGGGUGGGGGGGGGGGAGGUGUGGGGGGGGGUGUGGGUGGGGGUGUUGGUGUGGGGGGUUGGGGUGUGGUGGGGGGGGUGGGUGGGGUGGGGGUUGGGGGGUGGGGUGGGGGGGGGUGGGGGGUGGUGGGGGGGUGGGGGUGGGGUGGGUGGGUGGUGUGUGUUGGUGGGUGUGUGGGGGGUGUGGUGGGGUGGUGGUUGUGGGGGGGGGGAGUUUUUUGGGGGGUGGGUGGGGGGUUGAGGUGUUUGUGGGGGUGGGGUGUGGGUGUUGUUUGUUGUUGGGUUGUGGGGUGUGGGGUGGGGUGUGGGUGGGGGUGGUUUGUGUUGUGGGUUAUGGGGGGGGUGUGGGUGUGUGGGGUUUGGGGGGGGGGGGGGUGGGUGUGGUGUUGUGUGGGGGGGGGGGUGGGGGGUGUUUUGGGUGGGGAGAGGGGGGUAUUGGGGGGGAAUGGAAAUGAAGGUAGGGUUUUUUUUUUUUUGUUAUGGGGGGUUAUAUUGGGUUGGUAG